UCCCAUUCACCUUUACACUUCGUCCCAGAGAGACGAGUCAGCAGCAUGCCAAGGGAGAUUGAGCCAUCGAUCAACCAAAGAGAAUUCGUUCUUCGUGCGUUGGCACAAGGCAAGCGACUUGACGGUAGAGUUCCUCUGGAGUUACGAAAUGUGGAAUUGGAAUUUGGCGAUGAAUUAGGAUGGUGCACAGCGAGAUUGGGCAAGACAGCGGUCCUUGCUCAUGUCUCUGCAACCAUUGUGAGACCUCGAGAUGAUCGACCGUACGAAGGAUUCUUGAUCAUCAACAGCGAGAUCAGCCCGAUGGCCUCGAGCGUAUAUGAAGCGGGCAGAGCAUCGGAGGACGAAGUUCUCAUUACGAGAUUGCUGGAAAAGAGCAUCCGGCGAACGGAGGCUGUAGACAGAGAAGCACUCUGUAUCAUAGCUGGAGAAAAAGUCUGGCAGCUUCGUCUCACGCUUCACUUUCUCUCUGAUUCAGGUAACAUUCUAGACUGCGCUUCUAUAGCUGCCAUGACUGCCCUGAGGCAUUUUAGGAAACCGGAAGUCGAAGUAUCAGGAAGAGAUGUGAUCGUGCAUUCACCAGAUGAACGAGCUCCAGUUCCAUUGGCAAUACAUCACACUCCACUCUGCGUGUCAUUCGCCUUCUUCCCAGACCUUCCACCAAUCAUCGACCCUACCCAUCUCGAAUCUGUCCUCUCGAGCGGUACACUAACGCUCACGCUCAAUGCUCAGCGGGAACUUUGCGUCCUGUCCAAAGCUGGAGGCUCGGCAUUAUCACCCGGGGAAAUCAUGGGCGUCGUUCGGGUCGGGGUCGAACGUGUCAGGGAAUUGGUCAAGAUUAUGGAAGAUGCCUUGAGGAGUGACCAAUCGAACAGGGUCAUCGAGGUCCGAUGAGACGGGAAGGCUCUGAGACAUGUCACCUUCAAAACACCUUUCUUGCAGGUUCAACUGCCAAACAGCGUGACCUCGACUUUCAUGCUGUUCUGUCACGGUUCACGUAAACCGGGAAGACUAGCGACGGAUCCGGUGGCGGAACGAAGAGAAUAUUGAGACAUGAUAUUCUCAGGGUUUCCAAUUACUGAGAUCUCUCUCCCUGCAUGCAAGGGACUAGUGGACCAAGCUAUGCAUGCCAGCGUGUAUGUAUUGUACACAUCGCCAAU